CCAGAAAUUCAUGGAUCUGCUCAAGGCAUUGAUAUUGGCUUCGGAAAAAGCAGCAAACAUAGCGCGGGUGUGUAGAAAGCAUGAGCAUCUUUUUGAUUUAUUGGUACAGAGGAAAACCAAAAAAGAAGCUAACCCGAGAUUCAUUGACGACUUCAAAACUUUGGCAGAUGUUCUCAUCCAGGAAAUGGUUAAACACGAUAUUGGAAGUCAAUUUCAAGAACUAUCGAGUCAUAUAAAAGGGGAAGAAAACAAUGUUUUCAGGAACCAAUUGGGUCAAGAGAUAUGUGUUGAGGUGAUGCCUUCUCAGCAGGAAACCUCCAAUUUAUUGGAGAAAGUUUUGAAUGGAGAUCGUAUCGCAGCUGAACUUCUUGCAGCUGAAGUUCACAAAGAGAUAGAACUGGCCGAAAUCAAUACCACCAUACCUCAACAAGAUUUUUGUAUCGACUUGACUGAACUGGGUGUCUGGAUAGAUCCAAUAG